AUGGACGGUGCGCCGGGGAUAGUCGUGCUGGGCGGAAUCAACAUGGAUCUGGUCACCUACUCCGACCGGUUCCCCAGCCCUGGCGAGACAGUUGUCGGCCACCGGUUCCUGACCUACGCCGGUGGCAAGGGCGCCAACCAGGCGGUGGCGGCGGCACGGAUGGGCGGUCGCACGUCAAUGGUGGGGCAGGUCGGGGGUGACUUGUUCGGUCCGCAGUUGCUGGACGGGCUGCGAGAGGCGGGCGUUGACGUUUCAGGCAUAGCCAUUGACGGGGGAGAGACCUCGGGCAUCGCAGUCAUCGGCGUCGAUGGCUCAGCGCAGAAUCGCAUAGUGCAGGUGCUGGGCGCCAAUUCGACUUGCGGCGCAGCCCAGGCCGAAGCAGUCGCCUCGGCCUUGACUGACGCCAGCACACUGAUGCUGCAGCUGGAGGUGCCAAUCGAAGUGUCACUGGCCUCGGCCAGGAAGGCCAACGCCAUGGGGAAGACAGUCAUCCUGGACCCGGGGCCCGUCCGUCCAAUUCCAGAGGAACUGAUUGAGCUGGCCGAUGUGAUAACGCCCAACGAAACCGAGGCUGCGGCUCUCGUAGGGUUUCCGGUCGACGGCCACGGGGCGGCGGAGCGGGCUGCAGAGGAAUUGCUGCGACGGGGGGCCAGAACCGCCAUCAUAAAACUGGGAUCGCAGGGCGCAAUUUUCGCCACGGGCUGGCAGGGCGACACCAGUACGGCCUUUCCCGUGGAGGCAGUAGACACAGUUGCCGCCGGCGACGCGUUCAACGGUGCGCUGGCAGUUUGCCUGGCGGAAGGGAGAUCGCUGGAGCGGGCGGUGAUGCUGGCCUGCGCCGCCGGCGCACUCGCAGUCACCACCACUGGGGCGCAGGACUCCAUGCCGACCCGCGCUGAGGUGGUAGCGUUCCUUGGAAGGUGA